CUGGUACCUGGUAACUGACUGGUAACCCUAAACCCGCAAGGGAAACUUCUCUGAUUUUUUUCUUUCUUUCUCUCUCUAUCUCUCUCUCUCUCUCUCUCUCUCUCAGAAUCCUGUUGAACCGGAAUCAGAGUUGUCGUUCGUUAAUUCAGUCAUGGAUUGGUAUAUGAGGCUCCUGCAAUAGCCAGUUUGGGAGGUACUGAUAAGUUCAAAGGGGACAAAUUUAUCAGAGAAGCUGAGUUGUGAGAGAAAGAAGAGACUAGAUAAAAUCCGUUUGACAUAAAGUUGUCGUCCUUGUUCGACGGUUUAUUCUCCUCUGAAGACUAGUGCUACUAUGGAGGAAUUAAAAUUACCAUUGAAGCAGAGUCUGGAAGGAAAGGAAAAGGAACAAGGUGAAGCUGCUGAACAUUCUUCUGUGAAGAAUGAUACUACUGCAAAAGAAGUGAAUCCAUCACGGGAUCGGAAAAGGCGGAGAAAGAAAGAGAAGAAACAAGGUGAAGCUGCUGAGCAUAAAGGUUAUCAGAUUUCAGUGGAUAAUUGUUCGCGGCAGACUGAUGCCCCUUCUGAGAAGAUAAAUUCAUCACUGAAGCCAAAAAGGGAAAGAAAGGAGAAGAAACCGGUUGAAGCUGUUGAGCAUAAAGAUAAAGAUCCUGAUGUUUCACUUGGUAAAUCUACUCCAAAUACUGAUAUGCAUAAUAAAUUUUCUAAUAUUGAUGCUACUAGAGAGGAUGUAAGUUCAUCAUCAAAGCGGAAAAAGAAGAGAAAGAAGAAGAAACAAGAAAAAGCUGUUGAAGAUAAAGGUCCUCAUGCUACACCGGAUAAGAAUUCUCGGAAGAUUGAUGAUACAGCAGAGGAUUCGUUACACAUAUCCCCAGCUUUACCUAAUCCGUUAGGCUCCCAAGAUAUUGUAGAAUGUAGUUCUAAGAAGAGAAACAAAAGAAGGAAACGGCAGAAGACAAAAUAUAAUGCUGUUGAAAGCAUUGUCAACACUAAUGAUGUGCCAAAAGAUACCUUUUCAUCAAAAUUUUGUACACCUGCCUUGCAUAUGCCUUCAGAACAUCCAAUUCAAUUUGGGUCCGCUGAUCCUAUAAGAGGACAAUCUUGUGCGGAGACAAAUAUUUGUCAGCAAGACAAUGACAAAGGGGAUCAGCAUAUACCAAUAAAGGAAGCGGAAAACACCAGUGGGGAGUAUGUUGUUAAAGACAUAAGCCGGUCCUACAACUCAAAGAAUAAGCUUCUUAUCCUUGACAUGAAUGGACUUCUAGCUGACUUUGUCAAAAAGGUUCCUCAAGGAAGUAAAAGUCCGGAUUUUAAAAUUUAUGGGGGAAGAAAAGGGUCGAUAAAAGUUUUCAAGAGGCCCUUCUGUGAUGAGUUUAUACAGUUUUGUCUUGACAGGUUUCAUGUGGGUGUUUGGUCAUCUAGAAAGAAGAAAAAUCUUGGUAGAGCAGUCAACCAAAUUUUUGGGGAAUCAGCAUCCAAACUGCUCUUUCAAUGGGAUCGGUCCCACUGUACGAAAACAGGAUCUUGUACCCUUGAGGACAAAUUCAAGCCAAUUGUGUUCAAGGAACUUCGAAAGUUAUGGGAAAAAGUGGAUGCCAGUCUUCCAUGGAAGAAGGGAGAGUUUAAUGAGUCAAACACAUUAUUGUUGGAUGACUCCCCUUACAAAGCAUUACUGAAUCCUAGGAACACAGCAAUAUUUCCCAAUCCUUACCAUAUUGAUGAUGUUGAUGACACAUCACUAGGGCUGGGAGGUGAUCUUCAUAUGUACCUUGAAGGGCUGGCUGGGGCUGAGAAUGUUCAAGAGUAUGUGGCAUCACAUCCAUUUGGCCAAAAGGCCAUAACCGAAACACACCCGUCUUGGGAUUUCUAUCGCAAAGUUAUUGAAGCAGUUAAACGCAACAAAAUUGCUGCUCAGAUGCGGGCUAUGUCUAGGGGACAAUUGAAGAGCUCCACCGUAACAGGCGAAAAUACUGUCCAUUUGCUGCCUGCUGCCGGCGAUCCUCCACAAGAGCCCACAGCACUUGUUGCUAGUGCCACCGGUGAUCCUCAGUUGACCAAGGCGCCACCACCUCCCACUACCCGAGAUACACUACAAUUGACUGAUCCAGUGCUACUUCCUUCCACAGCCACUGCGGCAAUGCUUCCUUAAUGCUGGUCACCAGACAAAACACAGCUGAAAAUUCCAAAGCCGCCGGCUGCACUGUUCCCCUUAAAGAAUCCCUGCACCGUCUGGUGUCAUGGUGAAUGUUGUCUGCCUUUACGAGAAACCACUCGCCAUGUUGCCAAAUGACCCGUCGCCAUUCUUCGUGCACAUCAAGCCACCGUGCACCUCCUUUGCAUUGUGCUGCUGCUUCCUGCUGCUGCAUAUCUUCUUUGGUUCACUCAAAAUUUCUGCGCUUUGGGUCUCGUUCUAUUAUCUGGGUCCUGAAGCCCUGAUUAUUGUUGUUAGCAUCAUUCUGAUUACUGUUCCAUUGAAACUAAAUUUUUUGCUGUAAUUUUUAGGUGAUUUUGAGUUGUUAUAUUAGUUUCCAUGCAUUUUUGUGCACUUUUUGUAGUUUCAAGAAACUUGUCUAUUAAUGCUUUCAAGAUGUAAAGCAGAGGCCUAAGGGUUGUCAUGAGCCAAGUUAUAAUGUUAUUCUGAUUAUAGGGCAACAAAAUUAAAUGAGCUACUUUUGCCA